AUGGGCGUGGUGGUGGUGGUGGCCCCCACCCUCCCCUUCUUCUUCCCGGCUGAUGCCAAGCGUCUCAUCGGCAGGAGGUUCUCUGAUGCCUCUGUCCAGAGCGAUAUCAAGCUGUGGCCCUUCAAGGUCAUUUCUGGGCCUGGUGAGAAGCCAAUGAUUGUUGUCCAGCAUAAGGGUGAGGACAAGCAGUUUGCAGCUGAAGAGAUCUCCUCUAUGGCUCUCAGGAGGUUGAGGACUGCUUGUGAGAGGGCGAAGAGGACUGAAAUAUGCUGA